CGGUGCAGCGGGGCCGCACGGCUCCCACUCCGAGCAGCACGGUUCUGUACCCCCCCGACCCCCGGGGGGACCCCAUCCGGCGCUCCCGGCUCCCUGAGCACCUUCAUCUCCCUGCUGCUGCGAGCCGAGCCUUACCCCCCGACCCGCUGCAGCACCCAGUGCCUGCAGCCCGGCGGGGUGCCGGGCAUCGACAGCGUCUGCGAGCUGGCCGCCCGCCUCCUGUUCAGCGCCAUCGAAUGGGCCAAAGGCAUCCCGUUCUUCCCGGAUUUGCAGCUCUCGGACCAGGUCGCCUUGCUGCGCGUGGGUUGGAGCGAGCUCUUCGUGCUGAACGCGGCUCAGUGCUCCAUGCCGCUCCACGCCGCGCCGCUGCUGGCCGCCGCCGGGCUGCACGCUGCGCCCAUGGCCGCGGAGCGCGUCGUCGCCUUCAUGGAUCACAUCCGAGUCCUGCAGGAGCAGGUGGAGAGGCUGAAGGCGCUGCACGUGGAUGCGGCCGAAUACGCCUGCCUGAAGGCCGUCGCGCUCUUCUCGCCCG